AUGGCAGAAACAUCUGCAACUGUACUCGUCCUCCACGGCGCAAAGGACCUCCGAGUGGAAAAACGCGCUGUCUCGGCUCCCUCAGGUAGCGAUGUCCAAGUCGCCGUUCAAGCAACUGGGCUCUGCGGCUCAGAUCUACACUACUACUCCCACGGCCGCAAUGGCGACUUCGUCGUCCGCGAGCCAAUGUGUCUCGGCCACGAAUCCGCCGGCACAAUCACAGCCAUCGGUCCCAACGUCACCACCCACAAAGUAGGUGAUCGCGUCGCCAUGGAAGUCGGCCUCCCCUGCCGCAAAUGCGCCCUCUGCCUACAAGGCCGCUACAACAUCUGUCCCGCAAUGCAGUUCCGCAGCUCCGCAAAGGUCUUCCCCCACCUCGACGGUACACUUAUGGAGCGCACAAACCACCCCGCUGACAUGUGCCAUGCUCUUCCUGACAACGUCACUGACGCAGGUGGUGCUCUCGUCGAACCACUCGCCGUCUGCUUACAUGCUAUUCGUCGCUCACGUCCCCCGACAAAAGAACAAGUCGAGAUCGCCCGCUCCACAGGCGAAGCUACCGCUGCUCUCGUUUUCGGCGCUGGUGCAAUUGGCCUCCUCCUCGCCUCUGCCCUCGCUGCAAGCGAGAACUUCACUUCGAUCGUUGUGGCGGAUAUUGAUGCUUCACGUCUUGAGAUCGCUGCAUCCCUCGGUCUCGGUCUGAAGACAUCCCUUAUUCCUCGUGGUGACCCUGCGAACCCACCUCCUCCUAAGGAUGCCCCACACGCUGAGCAAACUGCCUGGGCAUUCGGCAAUGCGCAAAGUGUCGCUGCUACUCUUACUGCUGCGGCUGGUACUGAGGGCGGACUUACUGUGUCUGGCUUCACUCGCGUCUAUGAUUGCACUGGUGUGCCCUCUUGUGUGCAGGCGGGUAUCUACGCAUCCCAGCCUGGUGGUAUCCUGGUCCAAAUUGGUAUGGGUAACCCUAUUCAAACCCUUCCUGUCGGAGCGGCCGCUUUACGUGAAGUUGAUAUCAUCGGUACCUUCCGGUACGAUGGACAUGCGUACCCCGCUGCCAUUGCGCUGCUGGCGAGUGGCAAAAUGCAGACGACUGAGGAGAAGGUUGUGACACACCGGGUUAAGCUUGAGGAUGGCGCUAGGGCAUUUGCGCUUGCUGGAAAGGGAGUUGAUGAGUCUGGAAACCCUGUUGUUAAGGUGAUUAUUGAGGGGCCGAGUGAAGCUGCCAAGGCUAGUCUGUAA